AUAUACAAGUGGCAGUUGGAUCAGAUUCCUAUUGAUUUCAUUGGUGUCGGAAAGAACUGAAAUGAAAGAUUUGUUUCUUGUCAUGUGAACCCCGCCUCAGUGCUUUUAUUCUCAUGUGAAGAACAAUUCUAUCUAUUUGAUUUUGUAUCUUGAUUCAAUGCAUUGUACUAGCAGCUUACGAUUCUUCAUUAGUCUUGAUUUUCAUUUUUGGAAUCCACAUUCCGUUAGAGUUGGUGGAUUUAUUACCAAUGUUAUUUUGUUGAUUAUUGCAGCUGUCCUUGAUAUAAUCAUCAAUUGGAAAGCCCGCCAGAUGAUGUCUUUCCAUGUCAAGUUGAGAUACAUUCUGAAGUUUGUUUCAGCUGCAGCAUGGGUGGUUGUUCUGCCGGUGACAUAUGCUUAUACAUGGCGAGAUCCAUCAGGAUUUGCUCAAACAAUUCAAAGUUGGUUCGGCAGCAAUGUUAGCUCGCCCUCUUUGUUUAUUUUAGCAGUGGUUAUCUAUCUUUCACCAAAUAUGUUGGCAGCUGUGCUAUUUCUUUUCCCCUUCAUACGAAGGUUCCUGGAGCAGUCCCAUUAUAAAAUAGUGAUGCUUGUGAUGUGGUGGUCUCAGGUAUGCAUGAUUGCUUCUCUUCCCAUACUUUCAUCUAUUUCUUCCUGUGCAUACUUUUUGUUGUAACGUUGUUGCCUGAUUGAAAUUUUAGCCUCCGCUCUAUGUUGGGAGGGGAAUGCAUGAAAGUACUCUCUCUCUUUUCAAGUGAGUAUUUAUUGUUAGAAUAAUUGCUUCAGUUUGGAUUUCAGGUUCUGUGUGUAAUACCUUCUUCUCUGAUGCAGGUAUACCGUAUUUUGGGUUCUCCUUAUCGUAACCAAGUUGGCAUUCAGUUACUAUAUUGAGGUUCGUUCUUCAUUUAUGCUUCCUGGUCUUAUUCCUUUGCUGCUAUUAUGGAUUUGGAUAAAGAACAACAUGUGUCAUAUCUCUCCCUCGGCUUUCUUUUUUUGUCCCACGUUGGUGGCAGAAUUAUGAGUGUCUACAGAGAGUGAAAUAGCUUUUAUUAAAAGUAGUGAUCUUUUGGCAGUCAAUGCAAUUGUGUGGCGCUCAAGUGCGAGACAAAUGUGAAGCAAAGAUCAUCUAAAUAAUUGUGCUAUCUAGUUAUGGUUCAACUCUAAAUAUACAGCAAGCCGAAUGCUAACUUGAGGAAAGCAGUCAUAGCAUGUUUGAAUGUCUUUUCAACUAUCCGGACUAUGUUUUGUUGGAAGAAAGCUUAUGUUAGUUGUGCAUGAGUUCAGCCGAACAUCCUUGAAUUUGUGAGUUCAGCAGUUAAAACUAAAAAAGGUUUUUAGUUCUGUACAAAUGCAAGUCUUGAUCUUUUUAGCUGAAAAUAUUAACAAGAAACUUGGAGUUGAAAGUUGGUGCGGUUAAGAGGACUCUUGGUUCAUCUUUUAGUGAAACCGGUGAAAGAGUUUCUUCUAGUAAAGAUGGAACUGGUAGAGGAGACAGAAGUGGGACAAAGCAUUAGUUUUUAUUUUUUAUGAUUCUCUUGGUGGGAUUGUGGUUUGCUGCUCUGGUAGUUGUUCAUUACAGGUCAUUCAGGUUGGGAUUGGUAUUGGCUUCCCUCUCUGUUUCAUUUUCGGGUGUGGGUGGGGUGUUGGAUCAUGCAGUUACUACUCCAAAAAAUUAGUUCGUCAAGUUAUCCAGAAUCAAUUGCUUUUAGUGGCUAGGAAUCACGUUUUAUCGUUGAGACUUGAGACAUUGUUACAUAUGAUUGUUAUACCUAACUGAUAAUUAUUCUUUGAUUUCUGAUGCUGUUCUCUUGUUAUCAAUAUUGUCUCAAACAAGGCAUCGAACCUGUUAAUCAGCAGUGCAAACACUUUUUAUUCUGCUAUAUAUCCUGUUUCUAAUAAUUGUUAUUUUUGGUUUCAGAUAAAGCCUUUAGUUACCCCAACAAGAGCUAUAAUGAGUGUCCACAUAACUACAUUCCAAUGGCACGAAUUCUUCCCUCAAGGUAUGUUCAUGAAUCAGUUGUUUGUAGUAGAAUGCUUGUUCACAAUAUCUUUGUCAUGUGAAAUGGGAUUGUCGUUGAUUUUUCUUUUUCCUUUGCAGCUAGGAACAAUAUUGGUGUGGUGAUUGCACUCUGGGCACCAAUAAUUCUUGUAUGUACUCUUUUUUCCGUUUCCUUAUUUUCACAUCCUCACCCUAACCCUGUAUUCAAGAUGGACUGAGCACUCAUCUGUCCGAUUUUGUAGGUCUAUUUCAUGGAUACUCAGAUUUGGUAUGCCAUAUUCUCCACAUUGUUUGGUGGUGUAUAUGGUGCAUUUCGGCGACUUGGAGAGGUUAGAGAUCUGUUUUCCUUCUGAUAUUGUUCUGCUGCAUAUUUCACUUUCAGUUGUGCUUUGCGAACUUUCUGAUUAAGUUGCUCAAAUAAUCUUUUAUUUUUUAAUUUAAUUUCUGUUAUGUAGUGAUAAAAUAGGAAGUUCGUGAAAUUUCUAAACUAGUUAGCUGUGCUCCAGCAUGGCUGAAGAAAUCAUAUUUUGAUUGAUACUAGUUCCUAACUCAACCUGAACAUAACCCAUAAUGAAUACUCUGACGCCUGCGGACAAAAAACUCUCCCCACUGUGCGGGAUCAUCGGGCAUCCCCACCGUCGACCUGCUCUCUAUCGCCCAUUGAAUAGGGUGUUCUUUCCUCUCUUUAAUAUUAUGAGAAACGGCUUUUACCACAUCCAAAUAAAGCUUGUUCUUAAAUUUCGCCCCAGUUAAAUCUUGAGGAUCUGGUUUGAGCUUGGCUAAUUCUUCCUCGACUUGAUCGGUAUGCAUAACACUCAUAUUCUAAUUGCAGAAACACCUCCGUUUGAAGUAUUUUGCUUUUCCAUCUGACCAUUCAGAGAUCAAUCAGUUCCCGCAAGUUAUGAAUGUGUAGGAGCUUUAUUGGGGGCAUGGGAUCUCCAUGUUUAGUUAGCAAAUCAUCUUCCCGUUUUAGAUUUGGACUAGUGUUUCCCACUGUCUGAUUUGAUUUCGUCAUUGCUGCCUACAAAUCUUUGACGGAUGAUUGCUGUUUGUUGAUUUAUUUUCCGACCUCUACUUUCCUGAUCCGCGAACUUCUCGCAUCUCAGAUUCGGACGCUGGGAAUGCUUCGCUCACGUUUUCAGUCAUUACCUGGUGCUUUUAAUGCCCGCUUAACUCCAGAAGAAAGGAGCGAGCCAAAGAAGAGAGGGUUAAAGGCUACCUUGUCUCGCAAUUUCGCUACGAUACCAUCCAACAAAGAAAAAGAGGCUGCAAGAUUUGCUCAGUUGUGGAAUAAAAUCAUUACUAGUUUUAGAGAAGAAGAUCUUAUCAGCGACAGGGAAAUGGAUCUGUUGCUUGUACCAUACUGGGCUGACCGUGAUCUGGACCUAAUACAGUGGCCUCCAUUUCUACUGGCUAGCAAGAUACCAAUAGCAUUGGACAUGGCCAAGGAUAGCAAUGGGAAGGACAAAGAGUUGAAAAAGAGAAUUGAGGCUGACAGCUAUAUGUCCUGUGCUGUUCGUGAAUGUUAUGCUUCAUUUAGGAACAUCAUCAAGUUCUUGGUUCAAGGGGACCGUGAGAAAGAGGUGAUUGAUUACAUAUUUGAAGAGGUGGACAAGCAUGUUGAUGUUGGUGAUCUCAUCAGUGAGUACAAAAUGAGCGCGCUUCCUAACCUCUAUGAGCAUUUUGUGAAGCUCAUCAAAUAUCUGUUAGUGAAUAAACCAGAAGACAGGGAUCAAGUUGUCAUUCUGUUCCAGGAUAUGUUAGAGGUCGUGACAAGAGAUAUAAUGAUGGAGGAUCAGAUAUCCAGUCUGGUUGAUUCAAUUCAUGGUGGACCUGGCCAUGAGGGAAUGGUUCCACUUGAUCAGCAAUAUCAACUGUUUGCAUCUUCAGGAGCUAUUAAGUUUCCUAUCGAACCUGUAACAGAGGCAUGGAAAGAGAAGAUCAAGCGGCUUGAUCUUCUGCUUACCACAAAAGAAUCAGCGAUGGAUGUGCCAUCCAACCUGGAAGCUAGGAGGCGGAUUUCUUUCUUUUCAAAUUCUUUGUUUAUGGACAUGCCGACAGCCCCGAAAGUUCGGAAUAUGCUUUCCUUCUCUGUUUUAACUCCUUACUAUACGGAGGAAGUUCUGUUCUCCUUGCGUGAAUUGGAAGUGCCGAAUGAAGAUGGGGUUUCAAUCCUAUUUUACCUGCAGAAGAUCUUUCCUGAUGAAUGGAAUAAUUUCCUUGAGCGAGUGAAUUGCACUAGUGAAGAAGAACUCAAGGGAAUAGACGAUCUUGAAGAAGAACUUCGUCUCUGGGCAUCAUUCAGGGGCCAAACCCUUACAAGAACUGUAAGAGGAAUGAUGUACUACCGCAAGGCGUUGGAGCUUCAGGCAUUUCUUGAUAUGGCUAGAGAUGAAGAUUUGAUGGAGGGCUAUAAGGCUGUAGAACAGAAUACUGAAGAUCACUCGAAAGGUGAAAGAUCGUUGUUUGCCCAAUGUCAAGCCAUUGCUGAUAUGAAAUUCACAUAUGUGGUUUCAUGUCAGCAAUAUGGUAUCCACAAGCGGUCUGCAGAUCCUCGAGCACAAGACACACUAAGACUUAUGACUGCGUACCCAUCACUUCGUGUAGCAUACAUUGAUGAGGUUGAAGAGCCUAAUAAAGACAAGACAAAAAAGGUCAACCAAAAGGUUUAUUAUUCAGUCUUAGUGAAGGCUGCCUUACCUAAGGCCAUUGAUUCUUCAGAGCCUGUUCAGAAUUUGGAUGAGGUUAUUUAUCGAAUCAAACUCCCUGGGCCAGCCAUCUUAGGCGAGGGGAAACCAGAGAACCAGAAUCAUGCGAUUAUCUUUACUCGGGGAGAGGGGUUGCAGACAAUAGACAUGAAUCAGGAUAACUACAUGGAGGAAGCCUUAAAAAUGAGAAAUCUACUGCAAGAGUUUCUCAAAAAGCAUGAUGGUGUCAGAUAUCCUACGAUUCUUGGUCUUAGGGAGCACAUAUUCACUGGAAGUGUUUCUUCGCUUGCUUGGUUUAUGUCAAAUCAGGAGACAAGCUUUGUGACUAUUGGUCAGAGACUACUGGCUAACCCUCUCAAGUAAGUAUAUUGAUUGUCUAGUCAAUUGAUUCUUAAGCUAUUGGGCUGAAGACUAUCAUCCCAAAAUAACGAUCACAUUGUCUGGGUAUGAUUUUGUGAAUGGUUAUCGAGACUGAUCCCCAUGAACUGGAGAGGUCUUAAGUUACCGUGGGACUUGUGUAGACGACUGAAGAUUAGAUGGCCGGUAUCAUGCAUGGUGUUGCAUUAUGUUUGUUUCUCGUUUUAAACUAGCAGUAGUGUGUAAAUACUAGGAAUAUACAAUUUAACUGAUUAAAAUGCUGCCAACUUCUUUAGACGGCUAGAAGCAUAUAAGUAUUUCUGAUAUAGUGCAUUUGGCUCCUGAACUCACCACAUCAAUCCUACCUCACUAGAUUCUAGCAUAUGAAACUAUGAAGUCAAUUACAAAGUCUUGAUAACAAUACUUUUACGAGCACUUCUACUAUGCUAUAUGCUAUAUAGCAUUGGUGCUUUAAUGUACAACUCAAAGUUGUACCAUAACAUUAAAUGUAUAAGUUUAGGUUGUACCAUAAAGCAAUUUGUAUCAUUAUGUUAUGGUACAACUUUACAACUUGAAGUUGUACCAUCAUAUAAAAGUACAAGUUCAAG